AUGGUCAUUUCCCAUAGUGAAGUUGCAGGAAAUAUCAUUCAGUAUCAGAAAGAAUGUCAUGGGAAUAAUUCUAAAAAUGUUUACAACCCUCAUUUGGUUAGAAACUAA